AGUUGUGGGGCGAAAAGCAUAGGGAUAAAGUAAACAGACGUCGCAUCGGAACGGCUGAAGAAAGACGGCAAUUGGAAUCGAAACGAAUCGUUAGGAAGCGCACACAUACUUUACAAAGAAGUUCUGUUUGAAAAAAGGGCUUUACGUUAUCCGCAUUUGUUUUUGAAAGCCUGCAUCAAUCCAGAAAGUCGACCAUUCACACUGCACUGUGUGCGAGCGAGACCAAGAACAAAAGUGCAAUUUUGAAUUCCUAUCGAACAACGAAAAGUGCAAGUGCGAGCGAAUUAUUCUCUGAAUUUCGUGGGUGUCGUAACUUCAUAAGGAGUAACCAAAUGAACUGCACAGCAAAGUAUAAGAACGGAUUAUCCUGAUCCUGGAACCCCUAGUGUAGUUGUGUGCGUGCUUGCGUGCGUGUGUGCAGUCCGUGUGCCAGUGACGACAUUGACCCGCCCCCAUCCACCCGCGCCACACCCCCCAUCCGCCAUCACCCCUUCGCUGGGGAAAAUGUGCCAUGCCAUUGCCGUUGCUGUGGUUGUUUCUAGGCUGAGUUGGGCGGUGGAGCACUAGAAAACGCAAAACCAAGAAAAUACCAUGUUUAACCGCCAGGCGAGCGGCGGAGCCGGAUCCAGUGGCCAGGGUGCAGGCCCAAGUCAGUCAGCUCCUGCAGCAUCAUCCUCUGGAGGAGGAGGAGGAGCCACUGCAUCAGGUUCUGGAUCAGCACCCCCACCCAGCCAAUCGCCCGAUCUCUACCUGCGCCCAUUGCCGUGCCUGGACGCCAAGUGGCUGCGCGCCGAUCUCAUCGCCUCCCUGCGCAACGCCGCUGAUGCCGCCGUGCUGUGGAAUCACCUGAUCCAGGACUGUGAGCUGGUUUCCUCACCCACCGCACCACUCCUGAAUGCCUACGGCCAGCUGUCCUACCUGGGCGAUGAUGGCAAGCACUACUGCGGCGCCCAGCAGCUCAAAUGCUCCUGCUGCCAGCCAGAGUACUGCGGUCCGCUCUCUGCCUGCAACUGCGACGGCUGCCGGUCUCUGGACUCGGAUACGGCCAUCAAGAAGCUUACCACCCAGGCUGCCGCCCAACAGGCGGCCCAGCUUAGUCAGGCCACCGAUAUGGUCCUCAGCGGCUGGCUCUGGAGUCAACCGCCAUCGCAGCAGGCUCGUCUGGAUUGCCAACGUUCCAUGAUCUCCGAGCUUCAGGAGCUCGCCCUGCGCGCUGCUGGCAACUGUCUAUCCGCCCAGCACCUUCGCCAGCAACUCUUUGUCUACGAACGCUACUUUGUGGCUUUGAAAAGGGAAAGGGAACGUGAACGCCAGCCAACGACGAAUACGCAGGCUGUGGUAAACGCUAGCACCACCAUUGCCGCCGCCACAAAUGUUGCAGUGGAAUCACAACCAGCUGAGCAGUUAGAGCAUGGCGCUGUGGGUUUGGCUCGUGUGGCUACAAGGACAGCGCUAAACUUUAGCUUUGCCUUUUUGCGCCGCGCUUGGCGGUCUGGCGAGGAUACGGAAAUGUGCAGUGAACUGCUUAGUGAGGCGCUAGCUUCUCUGCAAGAGUUGCCAGAGGCCACGCUCUUCGAGGCUGCCGUCGUCUCGUCGCUAUGGCUAGAGGUCAUGGAGCGAUCCAUCAAGUUCCUGCGUCUGGUGGCUCUUGGCGAUCCGAUGGGCGGUCGGUGUACAGCUCCGCUAAAUGACCGCCACACGGCACUGUGCCUACUACUGGAGCUGGGAGUGCAGAAGGGCACGCUGGCCGCCACGCUCGAGUGUAUUGUUUUGCUGCUGAUGCUCUGGGAGAAGGAUCGCGCUGGCAACGACAAUCGGGAUAUGCCGCGCAAGACGGGCGCCCCGCUGCAACGUAUUCUGCUGCGUUAUCAGAAGAUUGGAGCCACGUCCAAAGGCGGUGGAAUCGGCAGCGGAGAGCCUGCUCCUGUGGCUAGUGCCACCGAGACCUUCCUACGCUUUCUUUCACUGCCCAAAAGCAGUGCGGCCAUUGUCGAUCUUCGUCGCGCCGCCGUUGUCAUCAUUUCUCAUCUCGAUCGCUUGGUGCAGCCACUGAUGCCCCGCUGUCUGCUCCGUGGUGGUCACGCUCCCGCCGCUUCGAGCAGUUCAGUGCCACAGCAACGAGUCUACGCCUUGGGAUGGCCAACACUCUCUAAGGAUCAGCAGGGAUUCAACGCUGAACCGACGCUUAGCUGGAGUGGCGAGUCCACGGCAGUGCCGAUGCUGAGCUGCCGCUUUCAGGUUAAGCAAGUGGCAUGCUGCGAAAGCCAGGUGCUCAUCCUUAGUCAGGAAGGCAAGCUGCACACCUGGCGACUGGCCAAACCUGAAGCGGAACCGCUGCCUAUGGAGGAGGUUGCCAACGAGGUGUUCAUCAGCAUCGCUGGUCACUGCGAGGGUCGCCACUUUUUGGCUAUCGACAGCAACCAUAAUGCCUAUUCUUGGGGCACUGGCGAAGAUCACCGACUGGGCCAUGGUGACACCCACGCCCGCGCUGUACCCACCAAAAUCGCCGCCUUGGAGCAGCACUGCGUCCAGUCUGUCUACUGCGGCUGCUCCUACAGCGCGGCCAUCACUUGCGGCGGAAACCUGCUCACAUGGGGUCGCGGUACCUAUGCCCGGCUAGGUCACGGAAACAGCGAUGACCGCUGUUUGCCCACGCUGGUGGUGGCUCUGGCCGAGCACAUGGUGGUGGACGUGGCUCUGGGCAGUGGCGAUGCCCAUUCGCUGGCCCUCACAUCCGAGGGUUUGGUGUUCGCUUGGGGCGAUGGUGACUACGGCAAGCUGGGUAAUGGCAAUUGCAACGGCAGCCUGCAGCCGAUUCUUGUCGAAUCGCUUCCCCGGGUGCAGCGCGUCUUUGCCGGCUCCCAGUUCUCGGUGGCUUUGAGCAGCGAGGGCCAACUUUACACCUGGGGCAAAGCAACCUGCUUGGGCCACCAGUUAGUGGAACGAAGUGUACAGGGUUGCAGUGUUCCCCGUCUGGUCAGCAGUUUGCAGCACAAACGCAUCGUCAACGUGGCUGUGGGUGUGGCACAUUGUCUGGCCCUCUCCAGCAGCGGAGAAGUCUUUGGUUGGGGCCGUAAUGAUAGCCAACAAAUCUGUCCAGCAUCUGUGUCCAGCGAACCGUUAUUGAGGACACCCAUUCUGGUGGCAUUACCCACGCUCCCGGCAAGCGGAAUCGCUUGCACCAACGCCCAGAGUCUGGUAUGGACACAGAGCUCCCAUCAAGGUGUACCGCUGCGUGCCCCCUUUGUGAUCGACUUGGGAGAGCCUACAUUCCGCCUGCUAGACCAGCUAUUGGGCAUGUGCAGCAGCCAAGACAACCGACAGACUCCUAAUCAGGAAAGUGAAUGCAUCGCCGUUGCCUGCCUCAAUCUGAUACGCCUGCAGCUGCUGGCUCUCAUCGCCAACGGAGUUGAGCCACGGCAGGUGGGCCUAGCCAGUGGCAGUCGUCUCCUCGGUAGUCUCAAGACGCGUGUCCUCGGUUUGGCUGGUGGCAGCCAAGUGCUACGCACAAUCCAAGUAGCCGCACAACAAGCACUGCAGGACGGGUGGAGUGUCUUACUACCCACAGCAGCGGAGCGUGCCCAGACCCUCACCUCGCUGUUGCCAUCGGAACCCGGCCAGGCGUCUUCUGCUGGCCAUCGCUUUAUGACAGACCUUCUAGUCAGCUCUCUGAUGGCCGAGGGCGGUUUGGAGUCGGCGCUGCAGCAUGCAAUCCGAUUGGAAAGCAGCUCCUGCUCGGCGGACUGUGGCGAUGGUGUGCAUUUGCCUUUGCUCCAACUAAUUACACGACUGCUUGGCAACAACGCCGCGCUUUCCCAAACCCAACUGUCGCCUACUCUGGGCAAGCAGCAGGAGAAGGAAGAGGAAGAGCGCGAGCAACAGCACCAUGAGCCGAGCACUAGUCCCAGUUUGAGUCUAUUGCAUCGCUUCCAACGUUUACUACUGGCCCACAUACACCAGGCGGAAGCCGAGGAAGAAACCACUGGCGCCGAAGCGUUGUUGCUGCAAUACCUACACGUUCUGAUCCCUGCCUGCGUCACAACUUUGCAAAAGGCUCAUGAGCUAGCAGUGCAGUGUCGGGAGCCGGGUGAACAUUCCCUUAGCCAUCAGGUAGGCCAUCUUGGCCGUGUCCUUCAAGCCGACAUUUCCGAUGCCCUGUUGCACGAGUUACUGGUAGGUCUGGUGCUCCUUAAACGUGAUCGUCCCCAGUGCCUGGGUGGUUUGCGUUGGGCCAGGCUGUUUCUGCCACUACUUCGCGUCCUGGAUAGACUCAAUCGAGCGCUUGGCGAGGGAGAACUGCGAGAUGGUGACGACAUGGGUUGGCCCGGCAUCAUAUGUCGAGGUGGACCCAAAGGCGGACCCCCGCCAGCUGACCCUGAAACCCACUAUGUGCGCCGAGCGGACAUGGAGAAUCUGCUGCUAGAUGGAAGUCGCUGCAUCAUCAUGGCCGGCUAUGUUUGCGAUCUGAGUGGUUAUAACUGCGAGUCGGAAACACUACGUAACAUUUUAGAUUCAGGCUUGGGCAAGGACCUUACGGCAGAGAUGAGCAGUCAGGUGCACAGGAGCGCUAUGGAACACAUUCUCCAGCAUCAUAAGCUGGGCAAAUACAUGGCUCAGGCUAACACCGAAGAGAAGUCAUCGACGCCUGGACCCAGCCGGCUUACGCACUUUAGCUCGGAAUGUGCUCUAGCACAGCUGCUUGGACUAGUUGCCAACCUGAUGUGCAGCGGACCAGCCCUGCAGCCAGCGGAACUACAGUGCCGCCAGCUCGACAAGUCAAGCCUGUUGAGCGGUGGCUUGCAGCUUCUUCAACCGAGUAAUCCGUUCGACGAGGAGAAGGGCGAGGCACGUAGCAGUCAUAGUUGUCACAGCACAGCAGGUAACACACCUACUGAGAUGCCGCCCCCAUUGCCGCUGCAACAGCAACUCGCUCCGGGACGAGGAAAAUCCCAACUGCAACAGCGGGCAGAUGCUUUUAUCAGCGGCUUGGCAGAAGCGCGGCUUUCCGAGCCACCCGUGGCUGCUUGGUUGGCGCUAACUGAGCGCUACUGUAAAGCGCACAACUUGAUGUGGCACCAGGAGUUCGCCACAGAACAUCCCGUCCAAGAGCUGGAGCGCUUGCUAAGCGCCGUGCUCAUCCGGCACCAGUAUCUCGGCGGUCUGGUGCUAAACGCUUUAGAAACAGAAACACCACCGCCAAGACAACUCGGCGAAAUUAUUCGUCUGGUGCACCAAGCGAAGUGGUCCGUCGUUCGCACAAGGCAGCAGCUAAACCGCAGCUACAAGGAGGUUUGUGCCCCAAUCCUGGAGCGCCUACGAUUCCUGCUCUAUGAGGUGCGCCCGGCUAUUAGUCCUCAGCAGCGUGGAUUACGACGUUUACCGAUUCUGCAGCGACCACCUCGCUUCCGAAUGCUGGUGCGUCGGCUUCUCCAGGAGUUACGCUCUUCGCGGCAGCCUGCCAAACCCGAGGAUCUCGUCAAUGCCACAAUUCAGCAGGAGCAAGAAAAAAAGCCGCAGGCUAUGCCCAAACAGGAGCUAGAGGAGCAAGAGGAGGAGGAAUCGCUUCUGCGUCGGCUAAAUGAACGCCAGAUCCAUGGAGAAGGAGAGUUGGAUCCGGGACUCAUGCAGGACAUUGUGGACUUUGCUCUGCAGGACAGCUGUGAUGUAGAAACGGCACGUCGAGCCAUGUACUGCCAGAUGCAGCGAUACCAGCUAAGGCUAGCUGGUCUGCAACUUGUCCAGCAAUUGCUUGAACUGCAUGGACUGUUGGACGCUGCUCAGUACAGCCUACUAAAUGGUUUUCUCGGACUGCAUUUAAAAUCCACAUCCACUGGAGGAGGAUCUGCUGGAUCAGGGAGCUCUCUGCAUGUUCUUGGCCAGCUGAACAUGAUAAGUGCCUAUCAGAAGGCGAGGUUACUGCUGGCACAAGCCCGCGUCCUUGACUGGGCGGUCCGAGAGCUACGCCGGCUAGUAAACCAAGAACAGCAGGGUCACGCCCGCGGCAAGGACAGCACUAAUCUGGGCACUUAUGUACUGUUGAAGCGCCUGCCACGUGCCCGUUUUCUUCUGAGUGUAUUCGGGUUAUUGGCCAAAGAGCUUGGCCCUAACGAGUUGGGUCUUCUCAUCAACUCCGGCCUGCUAGGCACCGUUCUCGGACUGCUGGCGCAAACUGGCGGUGAGGGCGCGACCGGCGGUCAAGUGCACGGCGAAUUGAGUAUCCUCUACGAAGACAGCGUCCUAAAGCAGAAGUCUAGUAAGGCGCAGCUUAGUGGUCCCGAUCUAGCAAAGUUGAUGAAGAUCGGCACCAGGAUCGUAAGGGGAGCGGACUGGAAGUGGGGUGAUCAGGAUGGCAAUCCACCCGGCGAGGGGCGCAUCAUUAGUGAAGUGGGCGAGGACGGAUGGGUUCGUGUGGAAUGGUACACGGGAGCCACUAACUCUUAUCGUAUGGGUAAAGAGGGCCAAUACGAUCUUCAGUUGGCUGACAGUGCUCUUAAUGUUGCCUCACCCACGGAACCUGAACGGGAGGAUGUCUCUGGUAGCGAAGCUUCUCCCAGCAGUGAUUCGCACCCAUCGAAAUUGCUCCGGCACUGUGCCGCCAAGCUUCUUCAGAUCUUGGCCGUAGGAAGCGGUCUGCAUGGCGCUCAACUAGAUAAGCAUGCCCUUCGUGGUAUGACUAGUAUGUUCCGGGCCAUUAUCUACCCGAAGCCAUCGAUGUCCAACAUCUCUCAUUCGUUGGGAUGGCUGAACCUGGGCUUUAUCCGUGCCAUAUCUGGUGAUUGCCCACGACUUUGCCUGGAGCUAAGUACACCUGGCUGGUUGAGUCACUACUUGUCCCUGCUGGAACAGCCAGCUGGCAAUGAGGCGGGCGUCUACCGGCAGCUUCACUGCCUGCGCCUACUGCAGUUCAUCCUGGCGCAGUGGGGCACCGAGGAGGAGCCACGCAUGCCCGCCUUGGUCCAUCAACUGUUCGCCACGCUGGGACGAAUUGCGCUUCACUGUCCGGGUGAUGUCAGUCUUCUACCCACGGCCGAGGGCAAAGCACGCGUUCUGCUGACCGCCUCCCAUUCGGGUAGCGUAGCUGAGGAGCUGGUGGCACUACUUCGCCGCCUGCACACUCUGCCGUCCUGGAACCCAGUCAUCAACUCCUUCUUGGCGCAGAAACUUUGCGUAGCCGCUGAACUGCUGGCCGAGCAAUCACCACAUUCAACGCCGCUGGACAAAGAACAGGUAUUUGUGCUAGGUGUACUAGGUGCCAUGGGAGGACACGAUCUACGACCACGCGUGGGCCUCCAUUGUUUUCACGAGGGUAGCCAAAUGGUUAUCGCUAGCUUUACGCCAAAAGGUCGGUGUCUUUUAGCGCCCGGAGGUGUCGGAUCUGGCAUGGGAUUCGUAAAGGUGCAACUGCCGGCUGUGAUGCCCCAUCUGGAUCACAGUGUAUUUAGUCUGAGCCGCUUGCCUAUGAAUGAAAUGCUGCUAAAUGCUUGGACGGUGCUGCUUUACGGGCCAGCACCAGAACUUCGAGAGCUCCCGAGCAACUCGGAUGGUCGCCUGGACUUGGCCCUGCUUCGAGCCCAGCAGCUGCAAAUGGCGGUGCUGCAUACGAACGGGGUUUUAUACCGCCAUCAAGUCGCUUUGCGUCGCAUCCUUAAGCAACGAGCUCCAGGCAGCAUUUAUGCAUCUCCUGAAGAACCAGACCGAAGCGAUCCGGAGUCGCAGCAGACAGGAGAACAGGACCAGGAGCAGCAGAUGUCCGCAGGAAGUGGCCAGGAGGCCCAGCUCUUGAUACAGUGCAUCCUUUUGCGAGCCACCCAGGCAUCUCCAGUGAAGGCCUGUUAUAGCUACAUGGAUCUAGCCACAGCGGCCCUUAAUUGCAUUCAAUCUCUGGCCACUCAGGCUCACCAGGAAUUGAGCGAGGGUGGCGGCGUACCUCCAAACACCCAUGCCCUGUCCACACUCCCUCAGCCGACAAUGGUGCAUGGAGUGCCUGUCUAUAAUGUGGCUAAGAAGGAGCAGAAGCCGACGGAGCAAGCGGAGCCCAAGGUUAAGUGGCCAACCGAUGCCCAGCUAAUCGGACAGAUUAUGGAGAUGGGAUUCACCCGUCGCACCGUAGAAUUGGCUCUCAAACAACUAUCGCUGCAAGCGGAGAUCAUGCCCACUCCUGAACAGAUAGUGCAGUGGAUUCUAGAGCAUCCGGACGUGUGUGCCAAUACCAUCGAAGAGGACACGCUGCCACUGCCAUCUUUGACUGCGCCGCAUGAUCCAGAGGCGGAUUCGGACAAUGAGUGUCCCAGUUCGAAUUCAACAACCUCGUCCUCCUCCUCAGAUACAGUUGAGGGCCAACCGGUGGCCAACAGUGAGACUCCUUCGUUCGUGAAAUUCGAAUCUCGCAAGGAUUUCCUGAAUGUUGAUCUCUACGCCUUGUACGUGCGAGGACUGGUUCGCCCAGGAAUGACGGUGCGCUGCUGUCGGGACUUUGAGGAGAUCAAGCAAGGUGAUAUGGGAACCGUACUCAUCGUGGACACUGAGGGACUUCACGAUCUGAACGUUCAAGUCGACUGGCGCAACCAUGGAAGUACCUACUGGGUUUGCUUCGUUCACAUCGAACUGGUGGAAACGUCGAUGGGCCAGCACCAACCGCGUCCUCCGCCCAUUGCAGUGGGUGCACGUGUAAGGCUGCGCAACUCCUCGCUCCGAUACGGAAUGCUCUGCCAAGUGCGUCUGGGCAGGAGCCAGGGAUCAGCGGCCAUAGGAGUAGUGAGCUCAGUGCGCAGCAAACAACUCACUGUGGACUUUCCGGAUAUGCCAGCAUGGCAAGGUCACAUCAAUGAGGUGGAAUUGGUGGCCCCAGUGCCCACCUCAAUUGCUCCCUUAAGUGAUUCCACCAACCAGGUAGUGCCCACCGAUCUCAUCGAGGACUGGUCGCGUUGCAUUCGUUCCCUGACCGUGAGUUCCAAUGAGGCGGCUGCCAAGCAUCUGCUGAACGGCAGCAACCUGCCAUGGCAAAGCUGCUCCAGCGGCCCUUGUCGCCAUUGGAUCCGACUAGAGCUGCACGAUCGAAUCCUUGUCCACAGCCUCUCAUUAAAAGUUAGUCCAGAGGAUCACUCGCACAUGCCGUCGCUGCUGGAGAUCCGUGUGGGGGAGUGCGUUGACAGCCUGAAGGAGUACACCUGGAUCCCUGUGCCGGCUGGUGCGAGCCGAGUGCUAUUAAUGCAGCAGGUGCCCACGUACUAUCCGUGGGUGGAAAUAGUGGUCAAGCAGUGCCAAAACAACGGCAUACAGUGUAAGAUUCACGGCAUCAAGUUCGUAGGACGACGCCAGCAACCAGAUCUGCAGCACAUUCUGGCAAACGCCCAGUUCCUGGCCAGCGAAUACAGUGCCGGAGUGGGCCCUGGAUCGGCAACAGGAGCUGGAGCGGUUAGCACAUCCCUUGGAGAAGUAGGAGCGGCACCAGAGCAAGAUCGUCCCUGCACCGUUAUGGUAUGGGGCCUAAACGAUAAGGAGCAGCUGGGCGGCCUCAAGGGCUCCAAGGUUAAGGUUCCGACAUUCUCGCAAACCAUCAGUCGUCUGCGUCCCAUUCACAUCGCUGGUGGAUCCAAAAGCUUGUUCAUUGUGAGUCAGGACGGAAAGGUCUAUGCAUGCGGCGAAGGAACCAACGGACGUCUUGGUCUCGGAGUGACCCACAAUGUGCCACUGCCUCAUCAGCUGCCCGUGUUGCAUCAGUAUGUCGUUAAAAAGGUGGCCGUGCACUCCGGCGGCAAGCAUGCACUCGCUCUUACGCUUGAUGGCAAGGUAUUCUCCUGGGGCGAAGGCGAGGAUGGUAAACUUGGCCAUGGUAACCGAACAACGCUGGACAAACCACGACUGGUGGAAGCGCUGAGAGCCAAGAAGAUCCGCGAUGUGGCAUGUGGCUCAUCUCACUCGGCGGCCAUUAGCAGUCAGGGUGAGCUCUACACCUGGGGACUGGGAGAGUACGGACGUUUGGGCCAUGGAGACAAUGCCACCCAACUGAAGCCCAAGUUGGUGGCAGCAUUGGCUGGAAGAAGAGUCAUUCAAGUAGCCUGCGGAAGUCGGGAUGCUCAAACCCUUGCCUUGACAGAAGACGGAGCCGUCUUCUCAUGGGGUGACGGAGAUUUCGGCAAACUAGGACGCGGCGGCAGUGAAGGCUCUGACACUCCACACGAAAUCGAACGGCUCUCGGUGAUCGGAGUGGUGCAGAUCGAGUGUGGCGCCCAGUUUAGCUUGGCUCUUACGCGAGCCGGCGAAGUGUGGACCUGGGGCAAAGGUGAUUACUACCGCUUGGGCCAUGGCGGUGAUCAACACGUGCGCAAACCUCAGCCCAUCGGAGGACUUCAGGGCCGUCGGGUCAUCCAUGUGGCCGUAGGUGCACUGCACUGUCUAGCUGUCACGGAUGCUGGUCAGGUGUACGCCUGGGGAGACAACGAUCAUGGGCAGCAGGGCAGUGGCAACACGUCAGUGAAUAAGAAGCCGGCUUUGGUCAUCGGAUUGGAUGCGGUGUUUGUGAAUCGGGUGGCCUGUGGGAGUUCGCACUCCAUCGCCUGGGGACUGCCGAAUGCAUCCUUGGAUGAGGAAAAGCGAGGACCAGUGCCCUUUGGCAGCACGCGGGAUCCCUUGGGAGGAAGCAGCCUGGGCAUAUAUGAAGCGGAAACGGUGCAGACCCUGAAGCAGGAGAGCAAGCCCAUGAAUCAAUCUAGCUUAAGCGAGAGCCUGGCCUUGGAGACACCAGCUGCCAGACAGGCGGCUUUGGGUCACGUGCUCCGUGCCAUGAGCAUCCUGCAGGCACGACAGCUCAUCGUGGCCGCACUCACCAGCCACAGCAAGGUGAACUACAAGGAGCGCGGUGUGGCCGGUUCCGAGGAAGAGCAACUUGCUGGUGGAACCAUGAUGGGAGCACCUAUGCAACUGGCGGAAACGAUUGCCCAGGGAGGUGGAGAGGCGCCGGCCGAUGCCACAGAUGCCGCUCUGCAGGAGCACAGUCCCGAGGCUGCCAUAGAUUUGAUGACUGGAGGAGUUUCCAGUGGGGCCGCUACACUGCCACCACUUACCGCUGGCCCACUGAGCGCCUUUCAGAGCUUAACCGGAUCCCUGUCAAUGUCGGGGUCGCUUUCCAGUAGUGCCUUGCCCCAGCACAAGCAAUCCCGUAUGUCGGCCAGCGCAAUGUCCGUAAUGGCCGCCACAAUGACGCAACAGGAGGAGAUACUAUCCCACAUUGGGCAGUGCCAUGGUCUGGAUGACUUCGGUGGAUUGCUGGGUGAACCAGAGGCAAAGAGCCUGGUGGAGCUGCUUAAACUGGCUGUGUGCGGACGAUGCGGUCCUCCGAGCACCGCUCAGACCAUCGGCGACACUCUAAUCUCCUUGGGAGCUGGAUCACCGCCGGUGGCAGCGAUGCUCCUUGAGACAUGCAUUACGGAACUGGAAGAUCUUUGCACCUCACGCCACUGCCUGGGUAAGUUGCCCAAACCAGUUAUGCAGGAGAGCAGUCACCCGUACGUGGAUAACGUAAACGUGACCGGAGUUGUCCGGAUCCCCGGUGCGGAAAUGCUGCGCCUGGAGUUUGACAGCCAGUGCAGCACUGAGAAGCGUAACGAUCCACUGGUGAUCAUGGACGGCACUGGUCGGGUGCUGGCCAUGCGUUCCGGCCGUGAGUUUUCCCAUUGGGCUCCGGAGAUUCGCGUGCCAGGCGAUGAGCUGCGCUGGAAGUUCUCCUCGGAUAGUUCGGUGAAUGGAUGGGGUUGGCGUUUCUGGGUACAUGCCAUUAUGCCGGCGGCCACGCUCUGCGAAAGUGGAUCGGAUCGGGCGGUGCUCUCGCAACCGUCGAUGGCGCUGGUCAUGUCAUUGUUAGAUUCCCGGCUCGCUCCUCGACAACCAAGUGUUCUACUUCGUUUGGCCUCCGCCCUGGCAGCUUGCUCUCAACUGGGAGUCCUUACUACCGCCCAGAGGAUAUGGUCUCUGCGCAAAUUGCAUGCUGUUCUCCUGCUGGAACAGGCUCCCCGUCCACAGGAUCCAUCGCUGUCCGCACUGCUCAAGCCAUUAAUACCGGAGCUAUUGCGCCAGUACGAAUAUGAGGAGCCACAGGUGCGCGGUGGCAUCCAUCUGAUGCAUUCGGAUUACUUCAAAACUCUGGCUGCCCUGGCCUGCGAUAUGCAGCUGGAUGCCACGCUGCCCGCUACUUCAUCAUCCUCUACGGCAGCUACGGGUUCCACCUCAUCGACCGGGGACGUGCACAAGUGGGCCUGGUUCAAGCGCUACUGUAUCGCCGUUAGAGUGGCCCAAUCCCUUAUUCGGCGUACAGAGCUGCCUCGAGCAUUUUGCCUGGAGGUGCGCAAGAAAUUCUGCGAAAUGCUACCCACUGUAACCUCGAAUCCCAAUCCCGGUGGUCAUUCGCCUGGAGCCUCCAUGUUAAACUCCACAACCUCACUGUCGUCCAGCACGGCUAGCAAUGUGUCCCCACCGCCUAUCAGCGAACACCAGGAUGUGCACUGCCAUGCCCACCAAUUGGACUCCACCAGCACAUUACUCCACGAGGAUCACACCAUGUUUCAAGCGCCUCACGACGCCCAACUGCUGCAGUGGCUCAACCGGAGACCCGAUGACUGGGCCCUUAGUUGGGGUGGAGCUAGCACCAUUUACGGAUGGGGUCACAACCACCGUGGGCAGCUUGGCGGCUUGGAAGGUAGCCGGAUCAAGACGCCUACGCCCUGCGAGGCGCUCAGCCUGCUUCGUCCUGUUCAGUUGGCCGGCGGAGAGCAAUCCCUGUUCGCCGUAACGCCCGAUGGCAAGCUUUUUGCCACGGGAUACGGAUCCGGAGGAAGACUGGGCGUCGGAGGAAGUGAUAGCUGGGCCAUUCCCACCCUAUUGGGAUCCCUGCAGCAUGUGUUUGUCAAGAAGGUAGCCGUGAACUCUGGUGGAAAGCACUGCCUGGCGUUGACUACCGAAGGUGAAGUAUACGCCUGGGGCGAGGGUGAAGACGGAAAGCUAGGCCACGGAAACAGGAUGAGCUACGAUCGGCCGAAAUUGGUAGAACAUCUCACCGGGAUGAGCGUGGCGGAUAUCGCCUGUGGCAGUGCCCACUCAGCGGCGAUUACGGCCAGUGGUCAUGUCCUCACCUGGGGCAAGGGACGCUAUGGCAGACUUGGACAUGGCGACUCCGAGGACCAGCUGCGACCUAAGUUGGUGGAAGCCCUGCUUGGAUACCGAGCCAUCGACAUCGCAUGCGGCUCUGGAGAUGCUCAGACGCUGUGCAUAACAGACGACGACAACGUGUGGAGUUGGGGCGAUGGCGACUAUGGUAAACUGGGACGUGGAGGAAGCGACGGCUGCAAGCUGCCGUACAAGAUCGAGAGUCUAGCUGGACUGGGAGUGGUUAAAGUUGAGUGCGGUUCGCAGUUCUCGGUGGCUCUUACGAAAUCUGGUGCAGUGUACACCUGGGGCAAGGGUGACUUCCAUCGACUGGGCCACGGAUCCGUGGAUCAUGUCCGCCGGCCCAAGAAGGUGGCCGCUUUGCAGGGCAAGAAGAUCAUUUCCAUCGCCACUGGCUCACUGCAUUGCGUUGCCUGCAGUGAUUCCGGCGAGGUGUACACCUGGGGCGACAACGACGAGGGACAGCUGGGAGACAACACCGUCACAGCCAUCCAGCGGCCGCGCCUGGUGUCCGCUCUCGAGGGCAAGCAUAUUGUGAAGGUAACCUGCGGAUCUGCCCAUACCCUGGCCCUAUCAACAUCGCAGCUAAGCGAGCGACUUCGUCCGCUGCCAAAUCCUCCGCUGGAGUAUGACCUUGUACGGGAUCUGGCACCGGAAGCACUGCAUGCCCGCCUCAUUCUACUCCAUCACUUCUCGGAGCUAGUAUGUCCCUGCCUGGCCAUGCUGCCUAUUUCGGGCGACUUGAGCCUGGGCGCAUUGAAGGAUGUUCUCGUGUACAACAUUAAGGAGGCGGCCUUCCGGAAAGUCAUCCAAACGACGAUGGUGCGAGACAAGCAGCAUGGACCUGUCAUCGAACUGAACCGCAUCCAGGUGAAGAGGUCACGCAGUCGAUGCAAUGGUCUGGCCGGCGUCGAUGGGAUGAAGAGCGUCUUCGGCCAGAUGGUGCAGAAGCUGCCGCUGCUCACCCAAGAAGCGCUGGCUCUACCCCACCGAGUCUGGAAGGUCAAGUUUGUUGGUGAGAGUGUGGACGACUGUGGCGGCGGCUACAGCGAGUCGAUCGCCGAGAUGUGCGAUGAGCUGCAGAAUGGCAGCGUACCGCUCCUGAUAAGCACGCCCAAUGGACGCGGCGAGGCAGGCGCCAACCGUGACUGCUUCCUGCUGGACCCCACCCUGUCCUCGGUGCUACAGAUGAACAUGUUCCGCUUUCUGGGUGUGCUCAUGGGCAUCGCCGUACGCACCGGAUCGCCGCUGAGUAUCAAUUUGGCGGAGCCUGUCUGGCGACAGCUGACCGGCGAGGUCUUGCGACCCACAGAUCUCACCGAGGUGGACCGCGACUAUGUGGCCGGGCUGCUCUGUAUCCGUAACAUGGACGACGAUCCCAAACUGUUCAAUACACUUGAGCUGCCUUUCUCAACGUCCUCGGCCCGUGGCCACGAGGUGCCGCUGUCCACACGCUAUACGCACAUCUCGCCCAGAAACCGGGCGGAAUACGUCCGCCUGGCCCUCGGAUUCCGUCUGCACGAGUUCGAUGAGCAAGUAAAGGCGGUACGGGACGGCAUGUCCAAGGUGAUUCCAGUGCCUUUGCUUUCGCUUUUCUCCGCCGCGGAGUUGCAGGCGAUGGUCUGCGGUUCUCCGGAUAUCCCACUGGGGCUGCUUAAGUCGGUGGCCACAUACAAGGGCUUCGACCCGAGCUCAGCCCUGGUCACCUGGUUCUGGGAGGUGAUGGAGGAGUUCACGAAUCAGGAGCGCUCUCUGUUCCUGCGCUUCGUCUGGGGUCGCACUCGAUUGCCGCGCACCAUUGCCGACUUCCGGGGCCGUGACUUUGUGCUGCAAGUGCUCGAGAAGAAUCCGCCAGACCAUUUCCUGCCCGAGAGCUAUACCUGCUUCUUUCUACUCAAGAUGCCCCGCUACUCGUGCAAGGUCGUACUUCUGGAGAAGCUCAAGUAUGCCAUACACUUCUGCAAGAGCAUCGACACGGACGAGUAUGCACGUGUGGCCAUGGGCGAACCCACCGAGGCAACCGGCAGCGAGGACAACAGCGACCUAGAGUCGGUGGCAAGCCACGAUGGUUAAGCACCCACUGUCCAUCCAGACCAAACUCGCCCAAACCGCCUGACCUGAUAACCGAAAACCGAAAACCGAAAACAAAAACCGAACAAAUAAGCAAGUGUCUAUCGAAGACCUUGGUAAACUGGAGAAUCUCCCAACAGUUUAGGAUCCUCACCCACUAGGACACACGAAGCCUUCAAGUUAAACCCACUCACGCGACACGUACACAUAUAUACACGUAUAGAUAUAUAUUUUAAAUUAGCACUUGAAUCUGAGAGAGAUGACGAACGAGAAGAAGAAGAAGGAGGAAUGUGGCUAGCGAUGAAGGGAAGGUGAAGAGAGAGAGACAGAUAGACGGCGAGAGACGAUCGGCUGAUCGCGUAAUGAAACCAAAAAGCAAAGCGUUAAAGUUAUUUCCAUAUUAUAUUAUAUAUAUACAUAUAAAUUUAAAUAUAAAUGUUAGUUGAAGUCCACUCAUAAUUAUACACAAGGCUUAAACGUUAGACGCAAACCAAACCAUUCCCAUCCAACCCGAGUCCGAACCCUGCCCAAAACAGUUAAUAAGCUAAUUGAUAUUAAUAACCCUAAACAAAAAAAAAAAAAACGAAACACAAAAGGGCUAAAUCCGUUUCUAAUGAUGAUCUAUUCAAAAGUUAGAUGCGCCCUCCAGGCGCCGCAAAGAAAACUCUAUCUGAAAUAAACUGAAAGCUAAAUAAAAAUACCAAGAAAACCAA